UGACGAGGCUGGACUCGAUUUCAUAUUCAUCCAUUUGGCGCCAAAAUUUAGGCCAGUGUUUCGAAUGAAAAACGCUUGGAGAAAAACUGUUAAAGUGGAGUCUUAGAGAAACAAAUUAUACAAUUAUCCGCAAUAUGAGUUUGUGGAUUGACAAACAUAGGCCAACGUCACUUGCAAAACUAAGUUAUCAUCUAGAACAAGCCAAGCAUUUGAAGAAAUUGAUCAAUGGAGGUGACAUUCCACAUCUUUUGGUUUAUGGACCAACUGGUGCUGGCAAAAAGACAAGAAUUAUGUGCAUUCUUAGAGAAAUGUAUGGAUCAGGGGUGGAGAAAUUGAAGCUUGAUCAGCAGUCUUUCCAGACUCCAUCAAAGAAGAAAAUUGAAAUCACAACAAUAUCAAGCAACUACCACAUUGAAGUUAAUCCAAGUGAUGUAGGAAUUUAUGACCGAGUUGUUAUUCAAGAGCUCAUAAAAACUGCAGCACAAAUGAACCAGUUAGAUUCAAGCUCCCAGAAAUCAUUUAAAGUUGUUGUUUUAAUGGAGGUUGAUCGCCUUACAAAAGAUGCCCAACAUGCAUUGAGACGAACAAUGGAGAAAUAUGUUGCUACCUGCAGAAUUAUCUUAUGUUGCAAUUCCACCAGCAAGGUCAUUCCUGCCAUUCGAAGUAGAUGCCUUGGUGUGAGGGUUUCUGCUCCAACAAAUGAACAGAUAUGCCAAGUUCUCCAGAAUAUUUGCAAAAAGGAGGGGCUUGCACUACCUCCUGAGUUGGCAGCUAAAAUAUCUGAGAAAUCCAACCGCAACUUAAGAAGAGCCAUUCUGAUGUGUGAAGCUUGCAGGGUGCAACAAUAUCCCUUCAGCCAAGACCAAGUCAUUCAGGAACCAGACUGGGAAAUCUACCUCCAACAAACUGCAUCAUUGAUUAUUGAGCAACAGAGUCCACAAAGGCUCCUUGAAGUGAGAAACAGACUAUAUGAAUUGCUCAUUCACUGCAUACCGCCAGAUAUUAUAGUGAAGGGACUGUUGAAAGAGCUAGUGAAGAACUGCGAUGGAACAUUGAAAACAGAAGUGACACAGAUCGCGGCUUCUUAUGAACACAGGCUGCAGCUUGGAACAAAAGCAAUUUACCAUCUGGAGGCAUUUAUUGCAAAGUUCAUGAGUAUUUAUAAACGGUUUUUGGAGGAAGGAAUGGCUGGAAUGUACUGAAGUUUAUAUAUUUAGUCUGAUGAUGUAAAUAAAGCAAAAUGGUAAUAAAUGUUUAGUUAACAAAG